UAAAGAUACACACGCUCAUAGGAAGAUUGUUCGUGUUCAUGUUCAGUGCUGUAUAGCCUGAGUAGCUCUUGCGCCUUCAACAACCAAACCACCAUCAUGUUCUAUGGGAGCAUGCUCGGAGCAUUGUUCUUGCAAACCCUUGUAUUCUGUGUAAUUUUAUGCGAUGGAAGUAACCAGGACUCCAGACAAAAGGAAUUUGAUAAGCGGGACAAUGUAGUACUUGGAGUGUAUGUGAUAAUUGAUCCGAGUAUCGGCAAUGCAACAGAAGCAGGCUACAUUAACUACACAUCUUCUUUACUCGGAGGGGUGAAUAUCAAGUUUUGGAAGAUCAAGAAGCCAGUAAUUAAACUUGGACUCAUCGGCUUAUAUGUUCUGAAUGACACAGAGGUGAAUGAAAUGCUGCCUCUGAAUAAUGAUAAUCAUUUAGAAUUGCGUUCGACGUGGAAAUCCCUUCUAGGCUUCAAAGCUAGAAACGAAACAGCAAAUAUAAGCGAUGUACUGUACGUUCUAACAAAAAAGAAAAUCUUCUCUUCGACUAAACCGCCUGAAAUUCUUUCGGGAGCGGCUUCCAUCAGAGGAGUAUGCUCCGAUGACAACAUUGCAGUCGGGAACGACGUGUUUGGAACAUAUUUAGGCAUGGAUAUAUUCGCAAAGAACAUGGCACGCGUGUUGGGGGCCUGGUCUCACGAAUGUUAUCAGAACUAUUCUGGCGUUUUUGACGAUUGUCACCAGAGGCAACUGUUGUCAACCCUCAGGAGGGCCUGGCCGUAUUGUUCUCAACACAACACAAUCGACACGACGUGGAUGUCAGGAUAUCACCUCCCAGGUGAAUAUUUCAACUAUUCGGCGUACUGCCAAGGCAAAGGAAACGAAACCGUACAGCUAGAAGAAUGCGAGCAAGAAAAGAAACAACAAGAGUGUAGGCUAUGCUGUUCAACAACAACUCUCAAAGAAGUGAUUUACUACGAUGCACCGGACGGAACCCUGUGUGAGAACAAGACAAAGGGCUGCCUGGACAAGAAGUGCGAAGUACCCCAUUACAAGUUCAUGCAAGCUGCGCACCCUGGACAUACCCAGCGCGUAAAUUUCAACGAGACAACAACUACAGCAACAGGUUGACAAUAAAGCUGCAUGAACUGAU